AUGUCAGAAAGAGAAUCAUUAAAUAGUCAACUUGAACAUCUACAGAUGAGAUAUGUAGGUACUGGUCAUUCCGAUAUUUCAAAAUAUGAAUUUCUAACGAAUCAACAUAGAGAUACUUAUUCAUCGUAUGUUGGACAUAAUUCAUUGUUAUCAUUGUUUGCAAUUGCAGAGAAUGAAUCAAUGGGAAGAGUAAGAUUCAAUCUAUUACACAAGAUGAUUCAACCAUGUGGACCAUCACCUGCUUCAAAAGAUAAGAAGGAUGUACUACAAACUAUUGCAUUGUUGUUGAAAAAAGGGAAAGAAGUUAUAUUUAUAUAG